UCCUAGUUCCCGCGCCAUCUGACUCACGGUGUACCCAACCACCCGCACGGGUUCGUCUCCGGCCUUCGAGUCUCUCUGCUGAUCCAGAGGCGAUGCAGGCCAGGGAGAUCAUCGAACCCUCCGACAACGUCCAUUACGCCGCCUCCAUCCAACAAGGUUCAGCGAGUAUGACUCGGAGUAAUAUUAGGUUACGGAGUACAUCCAAUAAGUCAGAUGAUGUGGGAAUAGUGUGCUUGAAUGAUAAGGUGACAAUUAAUCCAAUGCGGUAUGCUUCGGAUUGGAUUAACAAUUUGAGGCAGAUCAAUCAAGGAAAUCCUAUACCCAAGAAAUCUUCUUUUCGGAAGCACGACCAUGAUGAAGAGCCUGCCACAAAAGUUCAAUCUCUUAUCAAUUAUAACAAGUUUGACAAAGUUUCACUAGUAUGGGGCAAACCACGUCAACCUUCCAUGGGGCCGGAGGAGUGGGCCACUUUCUUGGAUUCUGAAGGAAGAGUUAUGAACCCACAAGCACUGAGAAAGAGGAUCUUCUAUGGGGGGCUUGAAGAUAGCCUGCGGAAAGAGGCGUGGAAAUUCUUGUUGGGAUAUCAUUCAUAUGAUUCAACUUAUGAAGAAAGGAAGCUUCUUGCUUCAGUUAAAAAGUCAGAAUAUGAAACCAUAAAAAAUCAGUGGAAGAGCAUCUCAAGAGAGCAAGCCAAGAGAUUUUCAAAAUUCCGGGAAAGGAAAGGCAUUAUUGAUAAAGAUGUGGUGAGGACUGAUAAGUCAAUCUCAUUCUACGAUGGGGAUGAUAAUCCUAAUGUGAAUGUUUUACGAGACAUAUUGAUGACUUAUUCAUUCUACAACUUCGAUUUGGGUUAUUGUCAGGGUAUGAGUGAUCUCCUUUCUCCUAUAUUAUAUGUUAUGAGAGACGAAUCAGAAUCUUUUUGGUGCUUUGUUGCACUAAUGGAGCGACUUGGACCAAAUUUUCAGCUUGCUCAAAAUGGAAUGCACACUCAGCUUUUUGCACUAUCAAAGUUGGUGGAGUUGUUAGACGGCCUGUUGCAUAAUUACUUUAAACAGAAGGACUGCUUGAACUAUUUCUUCUGCUUUCGUUGGAUUCUCAUACAAUUCAAAAGGGAAUUUGAAUUUGAGAAAACACUGCGGUUGUGGGAGGUUUUGUGGACACACUAUUUGACUGAGCAUCUGCACCUUUAUAUAUGUGUUGCAAUCCUGAAAAGAUAUCGGAGCAAAAUAAUCGGAGAGAAGAUGGAUUUUGACUCUCUACUGAAGUUUAUAAAUGAGUUGAGUGGUCAUAUUGACCUCGAAACAACCCUUAGGGAUGCAGAGGCGUUAUGUCUUUGUGCUGGUGAAUAUGGUGCUGCUCGCAUCCCUCCUGGAACUCCACCCUCCUUGCCUAUUCAGAAUGUUCCGCUAUACGCUCAAGAGGAUGAUGAUGUAAUGUAAGCUGAACUUUUGUGGAGUAAGACUUCUAGCAUGAUGAGUCAUGAUAGUUCUAGGCUCCUAGAAAAUCAUUGGGGUAUAUUAAAGCAUUGUAAUUUGUAAGUAUAUGGUUUCAAUAAUUUCUUAUUGAACCGGAUUAACUUUCUUUAGUUAAUUAGGAAUUGCCAUUUUUGUUUCAUUUGUUGAAAUGCAGAUAAAAUUAUCUGCAGUUGGUAAUUCUGAGCUCUGUUUGUAAAAACUAAUUUGCCCAUUUGAAAUGCCAUAGCAAUUUUUGUUGUUGUUGAA